GCUACCCUUUUCUUCCGUUCCCAUCUCGCGUAGCCGCCGCUAAAAUUUCCCCUCUCCUCCCCGUGAAACCCUAGCCGCCACACAAGAGCCAAAUCCCUCCCGCCGAGAGGCCCCAAUCCGCUCCGCCGGAUUUCCCUCCCGCGAAUCGAAAUUUCCCUUCGGUUCGCGGUCGAUUAGGGCGGGCCUUGCCGUCGCGCUCUUGAUUCCGAGGGUUCGCGCGCCGCGCCGCGGGAUUCACACCGGCCGCCAUGUCGAGGUGCUUCCCCUACCCGCCGCCGGGCUACGUGCGAAACCCAGUGGCCGUGCCCCCCGUUCCCGUGGCGGAGACGACCGCUAAGCUCCAGAAAGAAAGGGAAAGGGCCGAAAAGAAGAAAGAGAAAAGGAAUGACAAGAAAGCUUCCCAUCAGGGUGGUGGUGAGACAAAACAUUCAAAACGUAGCCAUAAGAAGAGAAAGCAUGAAGAUACCAGCAUAGCCGGCCUGGAGUCCAAAACUGCACCCAAAGAACUAUUUGAUCAGUUGGAGAAGAGUGGACUCUCAGAAGAGUAUGGGGCCCCUUCUUUCAUUCAGACAGUACAUGGAUCACCAGAGAGCUCUCAGGACAGCAGUAAGCGAAGAAAGGUGGUGCUCCCAGGCCCUAGUCAAAAUAAGAAUGGGACGGUACUUCGCAUUAAGAUAAAAAGAGAUCAGGAUUCACCGUCAGCCAUGUUGGAUGGUUCUAGGGUUCUUCCGCAACAACCUGUCCAACAAAUGGCUACACCUUCAUCCUUGUUGAGUAAGCAGAAUGCAGUUCAACCUCGCAGGGAUGUUAUGGUAAAGUCAGCUGCCGGUUUCCAGCAAAGCAUCAAGAGGGAUACCCAAUCUGUGCCAAAACAAAUGGAUGCAAAACCCCCUGCAAUGAUCUUGCAAAGAGUUCCUUCCAUGACAAAUAUUGCUCCAAAGGUGGAUCCCCCAACCACAGCGAAGAUCACACCAAAGAUAGAUGCCCCAACCUCAGCAAAGAUCAUGCAAAAGAUAGAUUCCCGGGUGCCCGUUAAUGGUACACCUUCAUCUGCCAAGGUGAAAGGAAGUGCUGAUCCUUUGCCUACGCAGCUGACACGACGAGUUGUUCCUCCACCUGCUAAGGUGGCACAGAGAGUCGACAUUCCUGCUGCCAAGGCAGCACAGAGAGUCGACAUUCCUCCUGCCAAGGUUAUUGACAUUCCUCCUGCAAAGGCGCUGCAAAAGGUUGAUCCUCUGGUGCCAUCCAAGGUGCUCCGAAGAGAUGCUCCUCCACAGAGUUUGCCUGUGUUGCCGAAUGAUACAAUAAAAGUUGCUUCUUCCCACCAGCCAGACAGGCAGCUGCAGCCUGUUCUGCACAAACCGAAGGUGCCUGUAGUCUCUCCCCUCAUCAAACAGCAGCAGUCAAGCACCUUGCCGAAAGAAGAGCCUUGUUCCUCUGGCAGGAAGACUGAAAAAAUACCAGAGGUUAAGCAGUCAAAGUCUGAUCGUAAGAAGAGCCGCAAGGCUGAGAAGGAAGAGAAGAAAGAGAGGAAAUUCCGAGAUCUUUUUGUUACCUGGAAUCCACCUUCCUUGGAGGUUGAGGAGACCGGGAAUCUCGGCGACCAGGAUUGGUUGCUCGGCGGUGCAAAGAAACCUGAUGCCGGCAACAGCAGCUGCAAGGCAAGUGAUGGUUUGGCGCCCAUGGAGGUGGAGUUUUCAUGGCAACCAAGGGCUAUUCAUCUGCCUGACCUUCAUAUGUAUCAGUUGCCAUAUGUUGUUCCCUUUUAGGUUUGUGUAGGAAGACUGAGGUUAGAUGAGAAGUAGAAGACAUGUUGGGAGAUAGCUGUGCCGGUGUGGGAGAUAGUGUUCCCCCACGGCAGUUUUCCAGCUUUGUUUCCUAGUUUUUCUUUUCCAGGACGAUGGAUUUGGCAACCUUCUGUAGUGUUGUUAAUCUAUUUUUGGUUUCCAAGCAA